AUGGUGCUCAGUGGAAACAGGCGCGAACAGCCCGAGUGGUACCAGCAACGCCAAAGUGAGGCGGCGAGGAGGGCGCGAGCUACUCGUGAGCCGGAGGUCCGGGCUCCACGUCAACAUCCGCCGCCGCCGCCGCCGACGGGCCCCAGGGUCAGCGCAGCCGAACGGCGUCAAAGCCGUCGAGCCGCCAUGCGUGAGCAGGCGGCUCCGCGUCCCCGAGCCGUUGUUGCCGUUCCUGAGGGAGUUCCUGCAGCCGGUGUGGGCGGCGCUGAAGCAGCCGGUUCUGGCUUGACUCCAAUCGAUGCCAGAGUUGAUAAGAUUUGUGAAGCUGCCGGGAAGAUAGUGAACUUUGGAUAUAUAACUGGAAGUGAUACUCUAACCAGAAGGGAGUCUGUGAUUCGCAUUACAACUGGGAGCCAAGCACUUGAUGAACUAUUAGGCGGUGGGAUUGAAACUCUUGCAGUCACAGAAGCCUUUGGGGAAUUUAGGUCUGGGAAAACACAGCUUGCACACACACUCUGCGUAACUACACAGAUCUCUUAUGCUCGUGCUUUUACAUAUGAGCAUCAGUAUAAUCUGCUUCUUGGUCUAGCUGCAAAAAUGGCUGAAGAGACAUUCAGACUUCUGAUUGUGGACUCGGUGAUCGCUGUAUUUCAUGUUGAUUUUACCGGGAGAGGAGAGCUUGCAGAUCGCCAGCAAAAACUCGCACAGAUGCUUUCCCGAUUGAUAAAGAUUGCUGAGGAAUUCAAUGUCGCUGUCUAUAUGACCAACCAAGUGAUGGCUGACCCCGGUGGUGGAGUGUUGUUAUCUGAUCCAAAGAAAACAGCAGGAGGUCAUGUGCUUGCCCAUGCAGCAACCAUAAGGCUCAUGUUUAGAAAAGGCAAAGGAGAACAGCGUGUCUGCAAGGUGUUUGAUGCCCCGAACCUGCCUGAGGCUGAAGCAAUUUUCCAGAUAACUGCAGGAGGCAUUGCAGAUGCAAAGGACUGAAGUGCAACGCCUUUCUAUGACACAAGAAGCAACAAAAUACUGUAAUAUUUUAAUUUCCUGCUAUAGUAGUUGGUAAAAAGUGGCGGUAAUAUGCAGAAAGGAGAGGCGUGGUAUAGUGGUAAUGACAAGUGUGAAUAUAAUGCAGUAGCAGCAACUAUGCUAGAAAAUGAAUGACCUCAGUAUUGAAUUUUUGAACAAGAUUACUUUACCUGAGUGCUCAUCUUGUGUGCAAAA